AUGCCUAGUGAGAAGGAACUCAAGAUCUGGAACACAAUCACAUACACCAAGCCAGGCUGCGAAGACAAGUUGGAAGACACAGAUGGUACCGUUGAGCCUCAGUACACUCCCCUGGCUAUCAAGGGCAGACCCGAGCUCCCAUACUACGACACUACAACAAACUCUGUAGUCAGCAUGACGGAGCACAUAUUGAGAAUGAACCCUAAUACUCCAGCCAAGGCCCCCAGAGCACCCAAACCUACGGCUGUCUCAAGCAAGAAGAAGGGCAAGCCAACCAAAGCAACCCUCAAGAGGGAGGCCGAGGAUGAGGGUAGUCUGCUGGCCGUGUCGACUGAGAAGAAACCCAGAUCUGCCAAGAAGGUCGUCAAGGCAGAGGAAGGUGACGAUGCUGCAUACAACAACAAGGCCCCUCGCAAGACUCAGAACACUCCUGCAACGUCCAAGAGAAAGGCACCCACAAAACCAGCCAGCAAGGCCACUCCUGCCAAGCCCAAGGGCGUCACCAAGUCAAAGAAGACACCCUCGACUAUGGUCAAGAAGAUGUCAACUAUGAUGGUUGAUUCUCCUGGAGCCGCAGACCUCGAGGCAGCUGCAACUCCCUCAAAGAAGGUACCAGCUCCCAAGAGAAAGGCAAAGGCUACUAACGUUCCUGAGGCCGAGGAGCCAGCCGCCAUGGAAGCCGCUCCAGUCGCUGUCAACGAGGUAGAGAAAUCUGCUGCUCAAAGCUAUGGCAGAGUCAACACCGAUGGUCCCACCAUGCCGGUUCAAUCUUUCGAAAGCAUGCGCACAGGACUGCCUGCCGACCGAUUCCAGAUGCGCGGUUACCAGCCCAGUCAGAGCUUCGACUCGCAAUCAACUGUGUCCACCGCUCCCAGCCAGUCCUUGCCUACCAUGCAGACUCAGUGCAUGCCCAACGGCUAUCACAACUCCAUGCAGAAUGGCUUCCCUGGCAAUAACUACGGUCAGCAGGUGAUGCAAGGCUAUGCUCUUUCCUUUGCUCACGGCCACAAUCUGUCGAAGAUGAGUCCCGAAAAGUUGGCAAACAUGAACGAGGAGCAGAUGAGGCAAUACAUCUUCGGCCUUCACCGGCAGCAGGCAUCAGCAGCCAUCCCCAUACAACAGCAACAGCAGCAGUACACAAACCCCAACAUCAACGGCCACAACUCUGGUCCUCACGGCUUGGGCAUCAUGAACGCUCCCGCCCUCAUGCCCAGAGAACCCUUCCAUCCCGACACCGAGAUGGGUGACUACAGCUUUUCCAGCGGUCCUGCCAGCACCAUGCCCUCUCAGCAGCAGUUUUUCUCAGUCGGCGAUGCUGACAUGCAGGUCAUGGCCAACGACACCAAGCCCAACAUGCAACAGUAUGUUGGAGACUUUGCCGACCUGCCCGACUUUGACAGCAAUGGUAUUUUCGGCGAGGGCAGCCUCCACUAA